CAGAAAUCCUGUGGGUGUGGCGAACAUGGGAAGGGUUUCAGGGAAAAGGUUUGCCUCAACAAACAGGGAAAUCGCACAAAAGAAAAACCCAAUGGAGACAGCAGUUGUGGGAAAACAGUCUCCCAGAAGACAGGCCUCUCUGUACCUGAGAUGAUCCGUGCUGGAGAGAAGCCUUAUAAGUGUUUGGAAUGUGCAAAAACCUUCUCCCACAAAUCACGUCUCAUGGAACAUCAUCGAUCACAUACGGGAGAGAAGCCCUAUAGCUGCAGAGAAUGUGGAAAGGCUUUCUCCCGGAAGUCAUGCCUCAUUAUACACUACAGAAUCCACACGGGAGAAAAGCCCUAUGGCUGCAGUGAAUGUGGGAAAGCCUUUUUUCAGAAGUCACACCUCAUUCUCCAUCAGAGGACUCACACAGGAGAGAAGCCCUAUGGGUGCAGUGAAUGUGGGAAAGCCUUCUCCCAGAACUCAUGCCUUAUCAUACACAAGAGAACUCAUAUGGGAAAGAAACCCUACGAAUGCUCCGACUGCAGGAAGACCUUCUCCCAGAAGGCAAAUCUCAUCCGGCAUCAUAGAAUUCACACGAGGGAGAAACUGGAUGAAUGAGAGCAAAAGUUACAUCAAGAAGUCCCAACCUAUCUAGGGACAGAAACCUGUGGAUGUGGAAAAGCCCUCAGCAAGAAAUCCAAUGCCCCUGUGUGCAGAGAUCCAUACUGAGGUGAGAUCCUGCCAAUCUGGUGAAUUAGGAAAAGCUUUGUUCUGUUAAAACCAAUGAUGGAAGGAUACUGAUGGGCUAGAGUGAUAUAUUUUCAUAGGAUAUACUUGAUUAUAAAGGGCAUCUAUGUAAACUGUGGAUAUUGAGCUUCUAAAUAUAGGAAUAAAUUGUAUCAUUAAGAUGUAAUAAGCAUCAGAACAAUCCCAGAUGUAUAUAGGGGUUAUGUUCCUGUGUAUGCUACAUAAAAAUUAUUUAUUUUUGUGUUUCAUUGGUGAACUGAACAUAAUUGUGAAUUUUGUAUAUGUGUAUACUGUGUUAUAUAGAAUAAUAUCUAUCAAGACGUUCUACACUAAAUUAUACCAUCCUGUCUUUGUAAUAUAUAUUAUAACUGGAGUGAUGUGAAUUAAUUAUUAAACCAGAAGUCCAUAUACAGUGCCA